UCAUCACAUCAGCAGUUAUUGUGUUGUGAUUGUGAUCAUCAGGCAGGCCCCUGGCCCAGACUCUUAAUCUAAUUUCUACAUUAACAGGAUUCAACCACCUUAUAGGUUCUUAAGAGAAAUGCUAUUUUGUUGAUAUAUAUGUAUAUAGUACUUUCACAUCAAAAUGAUUGAAACUUGUUCAAAGAAAUGUAUGUUAUUCGGGACCGUCUGUUUAGGAGUCUUGACGAUAGUAGUGCUAAUAUUAGAGUCUCAUUUAGCAGACUCAAUGUCUGGCAGUUAUAAAAUGAAGAACAAGACUUUCCCUACUGAAAAUAACUCAACGUGUUGGAUACACCAACCGUAUUCCAUCAUUAGUGAAUGUCAUCCUUGUUCAGAUUUCGAAAUCCGAAGUAAGAGUAUAGGAGUAUGCAUACACACAAGUUUCAAAGAGAUUUUGAAAUGCGAGAAUGGUGAAACUGUGACUAGGAGUUGUGACAGAGUUGCCUAUUUAGAGGAAAGGGCCUACUGGAAGUUCACAAUCUGGUCAUUUGCCAUUGGUGCGGCAUCUUCAACAGCAGUCAUGUUACGAUUACGAGUACUCAACUACCAAGCGAAACAACGAGCUAGACAAGUUCUAAGCAACGGUGCUAUUUAGAUUUCUAGGAACUGAAUGAUUAGUUAUGUAUUUUGAAUGAUUGUUAUAUAGUGAUUCAGACACUAGUAUAAUAGAAAGAUGAAGUUCAAGUUAGCUAACAAUCACUUUUAAGUAUGAGCUAGCCUGAUUUGUGAUCCUAAAGUAAUAACGAGUAUGAUACCAGUCUAUGAAUAUAAUAUUAUUAUAAAAUAACUUUAUAGCUUUUGUAAUGUCAUGAUUGUUCAAAAAAAGGGCUAUGAUUGUAAAAAUGGUGACUGAUCCAUAGUUUGCCAAAUUGAGACAGUGAGAUUAUGCAGAUUUUUAUUACAUUAAUCACAGUAUUGUCAUAACAGUUUGCAUAUUAAAAACCAUAUAAAAAUGUUAAAUAAAUAUUUAUUCUUCAAA